AUGGGAGGUUCAGACAAUUUUGAGGCUCACACAUUAGAAGAAGCCCAUAAAGGAGUGGCUUGCAGCAACAGUUCAACAUCACGGGCCGAAGGCAAAGAGGCACAAUCAGAUUCUAAUCUAUUCAGGCAAGGAAAACAAAGGAUUAGAAAUUUCGAAAGUCUUGAUAAUAACAAGUACACUCCAUACUCGCGUGACCUCGCUCGUAACAGAAAUCCGCAUAUCAAUCGCGGCCCGGAGUAUGUCCAUCUUCCGGACGAGCCAUUGAGGCCGAGGCCCGUUAUGGACCAUUGGGGUGUGGCUUCUGGGCCGGGCUACGGGCCUUCUAGAGACUUCUCUGCACAAAUGAGGUUCGGCGAUUACCGGUACUUUGACGAGGGGCAGUCAAGUUACGACACGGACUCUUAUUACAACCGAGGUGAAAGAAACAGCCGGUACCGAGGCCCGAUAGAGGAUUUGGAGAAUGGCCGGGCCGAGCUCAUAAGGAGGCUCGAUGAGCUGAAAGAUCAGAUAAGCCGAUCAUGCGAAAUCUCGGACAAAUCCAACGAGCAGAGGUCCUCUGAUCCUUACGGUAAACCUCGAUCGUCCUAUAACUACCCGAAAAACCUGAAUAAGCAGCCGCUCGUUCCUGAUGAUGUGGGCUCACAGUAUUUUGUCGAGCCCCGUGAGUACGUACCUUACAAAACAGAUAGGUAUAGUUCACGUCCGGUUGACUCGUAUCAUGAGAGGAGGUACCCACAUGAGUUCAUGCACUAUUCAGGUGCAUACAAGCCCGAAAUUCUCCAUGGACCUCCUUACGGCCCGCACUCUCAGUAUCAUGGUCCAAGUCACGAUCAUUUCAUGUUGAACCGUCAUGAAAAUUUUCUCCAUCAGCCCGCAUGCUCCUGCAUGCAUUGCUAUGAUAAGAGCUGGCCCGGCCCUCCUAAAGGGCCCGAUCAUCUUGGCCAGAACAACCCAAGGUUUCAUAAUGAACCAUCUAAUAAUCCCAAUCAUAGAGGGUCGAAUUUACGAGCACGGGGCCCUCAUAAGUCGAUGUCCGUGAAUUCUAACGACGUGGAUUCUGAUAAUGACGGUUUGAAUUAUUACCACCGGCCGAGGAAAUUCUUGGCGGGAAAUAAUAAAAGCGGGCGAGCCAGUCGGCCGGUGGCUGGGGGUGCACCUUAUAUAGCGUGUGGUAAUUGCUUCGAGGUGCUUAAAAUUCCGACGAGACGCAUUUUAUUGGUCGAAAGUCAGCAGAAGCUGAAAUGUGGGGCUUGUUCCUCGAUUAUUGUGUUUGAGCUUGGGGACAAUGGGGGGUUUGUUGUGUCGACAUCUGUGCAAGUAAUGGCCAAGAAGAUGGACGAGGGCUCGAGCGGGACUUUGGAUGAGAACGCGAGAUAUCUGAAUGGUGGGUCAAAUAGUAGAGCAAUUGUGAACGAAUAUGAAGAUUUUUUUGAAGAUCGAAUUUUUUCGACUGACGACAAGAAGUCGAAGAACUCUCUCGUGUCCGAAAAGCAGCUCGAUCAGCUUUCAUCGGCUUCGAGUCUUUCUCACGAUGGCCAAAUGGAAGUGAAGUCUUUGCCAGAUAAAGAUUUGCCUCCCGAUGAUCAGAAUAUAACGGUCAACCGUUUUGAUCGAAGGAACAAAAGUCAAAGGCCCGAGCAGGAGAAAAUUUCUCUCGAGCGGGCAGCAUCACAGCAGAAAUCUGUGAAGAAUUAUGAUGGUGUGGCAACUGAGAUGGACGUGUCUUUGAACGAGUUUUCGAAUAGCUGUGUCUCUCAGGACUCGGUGGAAAUUAGUAAAGAAGCUAAUAAACCCAAGGCUAAUAAAGGGGGGGACUCAUUCUUUGCGGGUCUUAUCAAGAAGGGCCUCAAGGACUUCAAAAAGCCUAACCAUGGUUUAGAAGCCGGAGGCCUGCAGGUUUAUGUGAACGGGCAUUUCAUACCUGAUAGUGUGGUUAAGAGGGCUGAGAAAUUAGCCGGGCCAAUUCAACCCGGAGAAUACUGGUACGAUAAGCGCGCUGGAUUUUGGGGUGUGAUGGGUCAUCCUUGCCUUGGUAUAAUCAUGCCAAACAUUGAAGAAUUCGAUUAUCCAAUGCCCGGUAACUGUGCUGCUGGGAAUACGGGAGUUUUUGUGAAUGGGCGUGAGCUUCACCAGAAAGAUCUUGAUUUGCUUGUCAGCAGAGGCCUUCCCAUCACUAGAAACAGAUCUUACUUUAUCGAGAUUACUGGGAGAGUUGUUGAUGAACAAACCGGAGAAGAACUUGACGGUUUAGGCAAACUUGCCCCUACGGUCGAGAGGGCCAAGCAUGGAUUCGGCAUGAAAGUUCCCAGGUGCUUAGCUCAAUCAAAGAAUUAA